ACAGAUAUCCGCGGGAAUAUCCCCGUUACGGUCGAGGGUACGUGUUUGCACUGAGUGCUAGCAAUAUUGUUGGAGAAGAGACCCCUUUCGAGUUAAGAAUGAGGAGCGAGCGUUUGUAGAGUGUAGAGAGAGCUCUCCCUAGGUCAAGCAAGCAGCGAUCAUGUCCGUGACCAAGAGCCACAAGCUGGUGCUGGUGCUGGGCUCCGUCUACGCCAACGUGGUGGUGCAACUGGAGCGACUGCCUCUAGCUGGCGAGACGCUGGCCGCCAGGAGCAGCAGUUGCAGCGCCGGCGGGAGGGGAGUGAACCAGGCGGCGUGCGCCGCGCGCCUCUCCUGCCCGACCAACUUGAUCGCCCAGGUCGGGAACGAUGGACAUGCCGCAUUGGUGCGCGAGGCGCUGGCGAGCGCGGGAGUGCGGGUGGACCACCUGAGCACGGUGAGCGUUGCGACGGGGCAGGCGGUGGUGAUGAUGCAGGGCGUUGGCAAGACGGUCAUCGUGGUGGAGGGAGCCAACGUGUCGUGGCCCCGUCUCGACGACGGAUACGGGCGCCUCCAGCCGGCGGCGCAGCAAAACAUCCGCGCCGCGGCGGUGCUGCUGCUCCAGCGAGAGAUUCCCGACGCCGUCAACAUCGAGGCCGCAAAGAUUGCAAAGACUGCCGGCGUUCCAGUGGUGCUGAGCACCGGCGGGAGCGAAUCGCUGCUCCCCGCGGAGCUGCUCGAGUGUGUCACUGUGCUGAGCACGAGCGACGAGGAGCUGGCUCGGGCCGUGGGCUUGAAGGGCGACACCGAAGACGACGCCGUGGCUGCGGCCAGGAGAUGCAUUGCCGACAUGGGCGUGAAGCAAGUGCUGCUCCAGCUGCGGAGCCAAGGACUGCUCCUGCUGGUGACGCAAGACGAAGAAACGGCUGUCGUUUCGGCUCCAACGUCGUCACUUGGCGAUGACAUCGCCACCGCAGCCUACGCGGUUGCGGCCUUCAUCGAUGCCCAGCCACAUCCCUCCGCCCUCAAGUUCGCAGCCUGCGCGGCGCUCCUGUGCAACCGGCCUGGCGGGAUCGCAGCAUUGCCGGACAGGAAGGCCGUGCUAGAUCACCUUGUCCACCACUCGGAGGAGUGAGCUCCGAGAACUUGGGGAUUGCGACGACGAAUCGAGCAAAAUAGAUGUUUGUGUCCUUGUAGUGUACAUAUGCAAACGCGGAAAUCGUUUUUGGA